GUUCUGUGCUGCUAUCGCGAGCCUCCUGCUUAGCCGUUGAGCCAGAGCUAGCAGUGAGGUUAGCCGUUGUUCGGAACUGAACCGAAUGCCCGGGUUAAAGCGGACAGCUUUGAAAUGGCAGAGCUUCACAUCAUAGGCCAGAUCAUCGGGGCCAGCGGUUUCCCGCAAAAUAGUCUAUUUUGUAAAUGGGGUGUUCACACGGGAGGAGCAUGGCGUCUUCUCUCCGGGUUAAAGGAAGGACAGACUCAAGUGGACUUUCCUCAAACUGGAGACAUGGCUUACUGGAGUCACCCGAUUGAUCUACUCUACGCAACCAAAGGUCUCCAAGGCUGGCCCAAGCUCCACCUGCAGGUGUGGCACCAGGACUCUUUCGGUCGCUGCCAGCUGUACGGGUACGGCUACUGCCACGUCCCCUCCAGUCCGGGACAUCACAGGAUAAGCUGCGUGACCUGGAGGCCUCUCGGUUCGUGGCAGGAGCAGCUAGCGCAAAUGUUUGUCGGCGGUGGACCCCAGCUCCGCAACCCGGACCUGAUCUACAGCGGGGCGGACAGAUACAGACUGCACACCGAAACCAUGGGGACUGUGGAGCUGGAGCUGGGAGUUAUAAUGAGACACUUUGACAAAUAUGGCGUCGAGAGCUGAGACUUGAACAAACUUCUAAACAUGGAUUUUAUAUCGAGUAUACUGAAUAAGUAAAGAGACAAUUAAAAGAACAUCUGAAAGUUUUGUAUUUUUUUUUUAUAAAUCCCUUUCACGUUUUUUACUCAAGUUACACCUGUGUUAAACUAUUGUGAAUAUUUAAUAAA